CGAUUUCAGUCGAUUUCAGUGAAUAGUCAAUAUGAAGCAAUCAAUUAUGGAUAAAAGAUGUUUCGAACUACGCCAAAUAAUAAUUUGUCGCCCAUGUAUCGAAUCUAUUCCAUAUACGCAAGAGGAUAUUGAUGCGCACAUACAAAAACCAACACACAUAAACAAAACAAAACAUUAUUUGUCCGAGCUGGGAGGCACAAGGUCGACUUUAGUCGAAGCACCUAAUAUCGUAAUGUCCACGUUUUAUGAUACAAUUACGCCAUUUAUGGAUGCAAACGAAGUGUCGGGAAAUAAAGAAGUCGCUCAUGAGCAAGAUGGACACGAGGGAGAUUACCAAAACAACCAACAAAGUGAUUCAUCUUUAAAGCCAUUGUCUCCUUUGUCCUUUUCUUGUUUAAUCAAAAAGGUUUUGAAUGAAGAAGAAGGCAUCCCAAUCACGUCACCAUUGUACGCCAACGAAUCACUGGAAAAUAUUUUAAGCAGCGAUUUGUUUCGAGCAAUUUCCACCACAUUUGACUUCGAUCACCUGAAACCAUCUAAGGUUCAAAUGACACUUUUAAAUAAUACAUUGGAACCUCAUGAUAAUUUACUUGUUGCGA